GCCAAGCAUCCAACGUCGUAACCCUUUUCCAUCCCUUAUGUCUCCGAACAGAAUUGUGGUCAAAAUUUGCGAGCUCUGCAUCGUUGAUUAUGAAGCCAGGCUGGUAUGCACGUUUCCGCCGCACCAAAACGGAGGGACAAUAUGUCUCAUAGAGAUGAUAUAAAGAACCUCGCCCGGCUUCAUAGCAUCGACAUCAGUUCACUACCAACUACUCCAACCUCAAGAUAUUAAGACACUCAAACCAUUUCAACUCUUAAAGCAGCCUUAGCUAUCAGACCAACAUGCCUUCCUACCUCGUCACCGGAGCGUCUCGAGGAAUCGGUCUUGCAUUCCUCGACCACAUCUCCAGCAACCCGGACAACGUUGUCAUCGGUCUCGUCCGCAACGUAAAAGACACUGAAGCCAAAAUCGCAUCGUGGAGUAGAAGCAACGUCCACCUCGUCCAAGGCGAUCUCACCAACUACGAAUCACUAAAGAGUGCCGUUGAUGCCACAUCCAAAAUCACCAACGGAAGUCUGGACUACCUCAUCGCAAGCGCGGGUCUUGUGUCUGGUGAAUUCGAUGAGUUUUCCGUUCUAGGCAAAGACCCGGCCAAAAUGGAGGCCAGUCUCAAUCAGCUCUUCAGCGUCAACGUCGUUGGCAACAUCCAUCUCUUCAACCUUUUCAUGCCGCUCGUUCUCAAAGGAAAUGUCAAGAAGGUCGUUACCAUCUCCAGUGGCAUGGGUGAUACGGAAUUGGUACGCAAGUACAACAUAUCCGAGGAUGGACCGUAUGCAAUCAGCAAGGCGGCGGUGAACAUGGCCGUUGCGAAGUUCAGUGCUGAGUACGCCAAAGACGGAGUGCUCUUCCUGAGCAUAUCUCCAGGAGUAGUAGGAACAGAUGUGUAUGCUGAUCUAUCGGAAGAUGAUCAGCGGAAGCUCGGAAUCAUGUCGCAGAAGUUCAUGGAUUACUCACCAGACUUUAAGGGGGCUAUCACGCCAGAAGAGUCGGUCAAGGCUGUACUGAGUGUUGUCGAGUCCUCGAGUGUUGCUAAUGGAGAUGGCGGUGCUUUCUUGUCGCAUCUUGGCAAGGGCGAGAAGUGGAUCUGAGGGAAUGAAAAUGGAAGAUUUGAAUGAGAAUGGGGUAGGAUCUUGUUUCGUUGCAAUUUUGAAAUUCGUUCGUUAGUUGAAUAUAUACAUGGAAAGUAUGUUCAAGAAAGCAUGAGCACCAUCGGUAUCAGCGAUAGAAACC